UCAUUAUCAUGUUAACUCCAUCUCAUCUUAGUCUGAGACUUCACAGAUGGUGUGUGUGUGUGUGUGUGUGUGUGUGUGUGUGUGUGUGUGUGUGUGUGUGUGUGUGUUUGUGUGUGUGUGGAGGGGCACAAAGGACUGGGGGAUGGGGUGCAUUUAAUGAAGCCCAGAUGAGAAGAAUCCCAAAAGGGGGUCGACAAGGGUUUGGUUACAGAACUUUCAAAUGUGGCUCUCUUUGCUCUUUUUUUGUUAACUCCCUAGGCUCCACCCAACAGCACCUCUUUGUAUGUGUGUGAGUGUGCAUGUGUGUGUGUAUGUGUAUGUGUGUUUGUGAGUGUACGUGUGUGUGUGUGUAUGUGUGUGUGUGUGUGUGUGUGUGUGUGUGUUUGUGUGUGUACGUGUGUGUGUGUGUGUGUGUGUUUGUGUGCUACUUACAUAACCCUGUGAUUUCAAGUCAGCGCCUGUCUCGCCUGCAAACAAAGGGAGACAAUGAAUUUAUUUCAGUAAAAGAAGAAUUCACAGACAAUCUGCAUCCUUUGUCCUGCAACAUGAUAUGUCUGUUAUACAAUGUCAAAUAAGUCAAUCUAGGUCAGUCAUUCAUUGAAGCCAUUGUACAUUUUUCUGUUGCUGCACAGAACAACUGAACUGCAACACCUCAGGGCUUUUUAGAGAAAGUAAAAGUGUUUUAACUGUGACAUUCUUAAAUAUCACUGCUAUCAAUGCAAAACAUAUUUCCUGCAAUUAUCACAUCCAGCUAAUUCUACAAUGGAAUGACAUAUUAUACCAAGGGGAGUUUAUCAUCAGAUUUUGUUACUGUUUAAGUCCAACUCUGAUUCUCUCCGGACAAUUUAAUUGUUAAAAAACAUAGAAAUGAGUUCUUAGUGUUUCGGAGGCUUUCUGUUGAUCUGAGAACAACCGAGUCAUUCUGAGCAACACUUAAAUAUGUACUGCGAUUAUUAUAUCUAGUAAGUGCAAUUAAUGCUUUUUCUGACUUAAGUUUAGCAGGAGUGCAUCUAAUCUUGUUUCUGGUUGUGUAAUUGUGUUGUUUUAAGAGGGGUGAGGUGUUCCCAUGCCAUAUGCUAUUAACUGUUAACUAACAGCUUUUUCAAUAGUCCAUGUGUUUCUGAGCUCUUGCGAUGGUGGAGGGAAAAGGAGAGAGGUGUUGUAAAACCCCAUUAUGUAUCACCUCUCCCUUUCCCUCUCCUCCUCCUUCCCUUCAGUCGUUCAUCUUCACCAACCGACCCCCCCUUUUCCAUCCACAUGUGCCAGUUGUGUAACCGCUGUAUUUUGUAAGCCGGUGGAUGAGGGCCAGGGAGUCUUUUUGUAAUGCAAAAGCAAGGGGGGAGGGAGGAGGAGGAGGGGGAAGACACAGAAGGAGGGAUGAGGGGGGGCAGGAGUCUGCAGGAUAUAAGGAGCCUCUGCUCAGCUACAUCACCUCACAUCCCACUGAAAUUCACCCGUCGCUGCUGGAGCCUAGAACACAAAGGCAGAAAGAAACAUGAAUAACUCACUGCUGAAGAUGCUGGGCACCUUGAUGUGCGUCCUGGCCGCCUGUGCCCAAGUCGUGCCUGUUAAAGACUUCAACCUGGAGAAGAUGGCAGGCAAGUGGUUCAUUGUCGGUUUUGCCACCAACGCUCCGUGGUUUGUGAACCACAAGGCAGGAAUGAAAGUGGGCACUGCCAUAUUUGCACCAACUACUGAAGGAGACCUGGAUCUGUCUUAUGCCAACCUGAAUGCUGAUGGUAGCUGCUGGAGAAUGACUCACCUUGCUCAUAAAACGGAAACUCCUGGACGCUUCACCUUCCACAGCCAGGUUUGGAACAAUGACAACGACAUGCGCAUUGUUGAGGUCCAGUAUGAAGAGUACGCCGUUGUUCACACCAUCAAGACAAAGGAGGGAGUGUCCGAGGUCCUCAAUAAGCUCUACAGUCGCACUCAGGUGGCCAGCGCUAACCUGCGAGAGAGGUUCACUAAGUUCUCAGAGGAGACUGGCAUCUUGACCGACAACAUCGUUAUCCUGCCUGAAAAUGCUGAAUGUCCACCGGUCUGAGGAGUCCCCCACCGUCCUCUGUCUUUCAUUCUCUCACUGUGACGUCUGCUGCAUUUUGCUGCCGUUCCUGCUGCGAACCAAAGAAUCCAUCCGAAUCCUCUCCUCAAACUGCAUCAACAGUGGCAUUAGAGAGGAACAAUAAAAACCUGACUAGUGAGACAAUGCUUUUGUUAAUGCUUUUUUGUUUUUUUACUGAUUUGUCUUUUGGAAAUGAACUCAAGUACAAUAAAAUUGAUAAAACAAAAACAA